CAAUAAGUAGUUGAGUUGGAUUGAGAAAAUAAGCCAAAGUAGAAAAGAACACAUUGUCCUCCUGAACGCGCACACACAGACACAGCGAGUACGAUUCGUGUUCCUUCUUCCGCCACAGAUAGCCUCAAUCUCACGCUUCUCCAACUCAAAUGAUUAUGAGAUUCAAAUAGGUGUUCUGUGUUUGGUGUUUUCACCCUUCAACAAUGGCAUUGCUAGCUCCACAACGCACGUGCCUCAUCUUCACUCUCUUCACCGUUUUCUUACUUUCAUCUUCUUUAAGCUCAGCAACACCCACCACAGCUUGCAAAUUCAGUUUUCGCGACGGAAACAAGCUUUACAAUUAUACCCUCUCUUCUCCAAUUCGUAACUUCCCUCAUGGCAUUCUCAGCGAAGACGGGUUUUACAAAGUGUCAGUGAACCAGACCACCCUUUGGUUUCAGCUUUGCGAUGGAAUGAUCUUCAAUCACGACCCUCCAACAUGUGCCGACUGCUGGGACUGUGGAGGGCCAACACGUUGUGGGAUGGAGUGUGGUGCACUCGUGUCAAACAACAUUGGAGGUUAUCAUGUGUGUGCAGCCAUAGGACGUGGCCCGAAAAUUGACAUUGAUGUUAUUGAUAAGAAAAAUCCACACGUUGGUGUCACUGUUAAAAUGUCAAGCAGCAGCCUUAAGUACAACUGUUCUCUGGCCGUGUCUGUGCUUUGCAAUGUAAAUGGUGUACAGGGACCACAAACCCUGGAGAGAUCGGGGGAUUGUAAUUAUGCUACAGAGCUAAAGCAUCCAUCUGGUUGUGCUAUGAUUGUACAUGUCCACGGGAGUGGAUGGGGGUGGUUUGGCACUUUACUUGUUAUUGUUCUGUGCCUUUUUGCUGCUUAUCUACUGGCUGGCAUAGUUUAUCGAUAUUUCUUCCUCAAGAUUCGCGGUACAGAAGUCAUCCCUAACUUGGACUUGUGGACCAGCUUGCCUAGGAGAACACAGAGCCUGUGCUCAUCUGUGGUUAGAAAGUUUAAGGGGCCAUCUGAAGGACACCGGAGCACCUAUUCUCCUGUGAACUUCUGAGAUUUCAUUUUUGAUUCUGGCUGUAUGUGGUGAGUUCAUUACGGAUUAUCUCAGACAAGAGAUGAGCAUGUUGCAGAAAACUGCAUUUCAGAUGCCCUACUGGUCAGCUCUGAUGCUUCCUUGAUAUGGAACAUUCUGCAGAAAUUUGUAACUCUUGUUGAUUCUCCUUCCAUGAAUUUAGCAUUUCACAUUCUUUUAUCUAUCUCUCUGAAAGAAAACAAGGAGGAUGAGGAAGAGAAAGAAAAAUAUAAAACAAGUCUAGUGUGAUAGGGAAAAAAAUGCAUUUGACUGGAGCUAAUCCAAUAAUUUUGGUUGACAUUUGUUAGUUGAUAAUAGGUAGUUGAGUAAAUUUAUUUUCUUGUUUGUUACCUUGACCAUUAAUUCAUUAUUGUUUUCCAUUUUCUCCACUUUCAA